AUGGAACUCUCAGCGAGCCAGAAGCUCAACUCACCAGCUGCCGUCCCUGUGACGAAUUUCAUGGCAGGUUCCUGGACGGCCGCCUCGAUAGCUGCUAUCUUUCUCAGUGUUCGCCUCUACACCCGCCUAAGAGCCACACGUCGACUGUUCUGGGAUGACACCGUCCUCAUAUUCGGCACCGUUUUCGUUAUCGCAGCAUCAGCACUGUGGCAAUGGGCAGCACCGAAGUUCUGGUUUAUAUUAGCUGUAGGAUCGGGGACGGCCUUUCCAACAGACCUGCAACAGUUCAUGAAGGAUGUCGAAAUCACCAUGCGGGUCUUUUUUGUCGAACAGGUCUUCUUUUACAGCACAUUGGCUUGUGUGAAGCUCUCGCUUCUCCUUUUCUUUAGGAGGAUUGGUUGGCACAUGACAAAGAUCAGAGUCGCUUGGUGGUCGGUCCUGGGAUUUGUGGUGGCAACAUGGCUUACCUCCAUCGGCGAUUCUCAGUGGGGAUGCUUGGUUGCGAAGGGCUUUGAUAUCAUGGCUCAGUGUACUGAGCCUCCGGCUAUCCAGUAUGCCAACCUAACGCUCAGGAUUAAUUGUGCCUUGGAUGUGUUGUCUGAUGCUGCCGUUUUGUCCAUUCCUGUCAUGUUGAUCUGGGACUCCAAACUUCGGAUGGCCAAAAAGCUGGCCGUCAUUGGACUAUUUUCCCUCACACUUCUCACAAUGUUGGUUGCCAUUCUGAGGGUAGUUGGCAUCAGCUCGGCGACCUGGGCAAAUGGUCAGGUUGAUCCGAGCUAUUCCGGACCAUCAAGCGGAUCAGCCCCGCCCUCGGGAUACAAGGGACAGGAAGACUCUGUCCGCAUGGUGCAGUCAUAUGGUGACGCUCUUGACACGCGUGUUGAUGAGGAGAGCUACGGCAGCUCCCCCAUGGCGUUUGAAAGCCACAGCAUCACCAACCUGAAGCCGGCCGGCAUGAGCCAGCCCGAUCCUGAGGUCGUAGAGUGGCAUCACGUGUCGCCAAUUGCCAGCCCAUACCAACAAAAUGGGGGAUACCAACAAAGAUAUCACUAA